GGAAUGGUGGCUUCCAUAAACAACAGCCGACUCAAGGCCAUGGGCGUGGGCCAACACCAAAACGCCCACAACUACAAGAAUCAGAACUUUGAGGAGCUUCGAGCAGCAUGUCUAAGGAAGGGGGAACUGUUUGAGGACCCCCUUUUCCCUGCUGAACCCAAGUCUAUAGGCUUCAAGGAUCUGGGCCCCAGAUCCAAACAGGUGCAGAACAUCUACUGGCAAAGGCCCAAGGAUAUCACGACUAACCCCCAAUUCAUUAUGAAUGAGCUCUCUCCCACAGACAUCUGCCAAGGGGUCCUCGGGGACUGCUGGCUGCUGGCUGCCAUCGGCUCCCUUACCACUUGCCCCAAACUGCUGUACCGUGUGGUGCCCAGGGGCCAGAACUUCAAGAAAAACUAUGCUGGCAUCUUCUAUUUCCAGCUUUGGCAGUUUGGGCAGUGGAUGAACGUGGUGGUGGACGACCGACUGCCCACUAAGAAUAACAAGCUGGUGUUUGUGCACGCCGCCCAGCGCCAGGAAUUCUGGAGCGCUCUGCUGGAGAAGGCCUACGCCAAGGUGAAUGGGUCCUACGAAGCGCUGGCCGGAGGCAGCACUAUGGAGGGUUUCGAGGACUUCACAGGUGGCGUGGCCCAGAGCAUUCGGCUCCUGAAGCCCCCUCCCAACAUGCUAAGGCUCCUCAGAAAAGCCGUGGAGAAGUCUUCCCUUCUGGGCUGUUCCAUUGAAGUUACCAACAACAGUGACUUGGAAACGAUGACCCGUAAUAUGCUGGUGAGAGGGCAUGCUUACGCAGUGACUGGCCUUGAGGAUGUCUCCUACAGGGGCAAGGUGGAAACCCUGAUUCGGAUCCAGAAUCCCUGGGGCCGGAUUGAGUGGAAUGGAGCCUGGAGUGACAGAGGCAAGGAGUGGGAAGAGUUGAGUGUGGACGUCCAGAUACAGCUGCUACGAAAGAAGGAGGAUGGGGAGUUCUGGAUGUCCUAUGAGGACUUCGUGAGCAACUUCACCCUCCUGGAGAUCUGCAACCUCACUCCGGAUGCACUGUCGCCCUGGGAAUACAAGAGCUGCUGGCACACAACCUUCUACGAGGGCAGCUGGAGAAAGGGAAGCACCGCUGGCGGCUGCAGGAACAACCCGGAGACGUUCUGGAGCAACCCUCAGUUUAAGAUCUCUCUCCCGGAGGAGGACGACCCAGAGAAGGACUCUGAGCAAAGCGAGGUGGUCUGUACCUGCCUGGUGGCCCUGAUGCAGAAAAAUUGGAGGCACGCCCGGCCUGACGGGGCCCAGCUGCUGACCAUAGGCUUCGUCGUCUUUUCGGUCCCAAAGGAGUUUCAGAACCUCCAGGACAUCCAUCUGAAGAAAGAGUUCUUCGUAAAAUAUCAGGACCAUGGCUUUUCAGAGAUCUUCUCCAACUCACGGGAAGUGAACAGCCAUCUUCGGCUGCCUCCGGGGGAAUACAUCAUUAUCCCCUCCACCUUUGAACCCCAUAAAGAUGCUGACUUCUUGCUUCGGGUCUUCACGGAGAAACACAGUGAGACCUGGUUGCUGGAUGAAGUCAACUGGGCCGAGCAUUUUGAAGAGGAGUCCAUCUCUGAGAAGGAGCUCGAUUGGGAUUCCAUCCACUUGUUUGAGAUAGUGGCAAAUGGGGACAAGGAAGUAGAUAUGUACGAGCUACAAAAACUCCUCAACAAGUUGUCAAGUAAAUUCAAGAGCUUCAAGACUAUAGGCUUUAGCUUGGAUGUCUGUCGCCGUAUGGUCAACCUCAUGGAUAAAGAUGGCACUGGCAAGCUGGGUCUUCAGGAGUUUCAGAUCCUGUGGAAAAAGAUCAAGAAGUGGACGGACAUCUUCAAAGAGUGUGAUGAGGACCGCUCCGGGACCUUGAACUCCUACGAGAUGCGCUUGGCAAUAGAGAAAGCAGGCAUUAAGAUGACCAAUAAAGUGACUGAGGUGGUAGUGGCUAGAUACGCCGAUGACAACAUGGUCGUGGACUUUGACAGUUUCAUCAACUGUUUCCUAAGGCUAAAGGCUAUGUUUGGGUUCUUCUUAUCCAUGGACCCCAAGAGAACUGGUUCUAUUUGCUUGAAUAUGGAGCAGUGGCUGCAGAUAACCAUGUGGGGGUAGGGAGAUCAGAAGCCUGGCCCCCUCCUGCCGCUGCGGGGCUCUGGCCAGGACAGUUGGUGCUACU